AUGCUUCCAACAUUGUCGGGUGAUACAGAAUUGCUCUCCAAAAAUACUUCGAUGAUAGCUCCGGUGGAGAUGCUGGUCGAUAACACCGCCACGAAUAACCAGCAGAUGACACCACAAUCCGGGGCAGACCUCUCCAACGAUUUUUCUUCAGGCGGACAACCCAAUAGGGUGGGGAUCAAUGAUGCUCAGCAGACUGGUUCGAUUCCGAUGGCCCCAUCAGCUGCCUACGCUUCGACGACACAUGUUCAGACCUUCUCCUAUGCCAAUGUCGUGUCUGGUGGGACUUCGCUAAAUGGGGCUUCCCCCUCGAACACACAAUGGACACCGGUCGGGGAACAUGAUCUAAUUCCCGGAGAACGGAAUGGUGAACCAGCACUCAGAGUCUCCACUGAGUUCAAAAAUAGGUUGUGUGCUCCCUGGCACCGAACUCUUGUGGUCAGGCUUUUAGGAAUCAAGGUAGGCUUCAACACUCUCUGUUCUCGGCUCCGGGCUCAAUGGCGACCUACUGGAACAAUGGAAAUCCGAGAUUUGGAUGAAGACUGCUAUUUGGUUAAGCUGAACAACGACCAAGACUACUUCAAAGCCCUAACCGAUGGACCAUGGGUGAUUUUUUAUCACUAUCUAGUUGUGCAACAAUGGACUCCGAAAUUCAAGCUGUCAGACCCGCUACCAAAGACGAUGAUUGUGUGGGUCCAGCUGCCGGCCCUGAAAAUCCAUUUUUACCAUAAGGAGGUGCUUACGUCUUUGGGCAACCUGAUCGGAAGGACGAUUAAGCUCGACUACCAUACCCUUACUCAACAACGAGCUAAGUUUGCCAGGCUUGCGGUGGAGGUUGAUUUGUCCAAGCCCCUGGUUCCAAGGAUUUGGCUGGAUGAUGAUUGGCAAAAGGUUGAGUACGAGAAUCUCCCCAUGGUGUGUUUUGACUGUGGCAAGAUCGGCCACCAAUCUACCGCUUGCCCUCUGCUUCGACCAGUCCCUAUGACGACGAUCGUGACCGCCGGCGGUGAAGAGUCCCAGCUGGUUCCGGCGGAGGAAUCGUCGGAGACUAAACCGGGGUUCGGCCCCUAG